AACCUCUUCAUCGGCAAUCUUAGCUGGAACGUCGACGAGGAUUGGCUCACGCGCGAGUUCGAGGAGUUUGGUGAGCUUCAGGGUGUCCGCAUCAUCACCGACCGUGACUCGGGCAGAAGCAAGGGUUUCGGCUACGUCGAGUUCACUGAGCCUGCCGAUGCUGCCAAAGCCAUGGAGGCCAAGAACGGCGCUCUCAUCGACGGACGUGAGAUUCGCAUGGACUUCAGCACCCCACGUAGCAACAACGCCAACGGCACACCACAGCAGAAGAGCCAGGACCGCCGCAACAAGUUCGGCGACGUCCCCAACGAGCCCUCAUCGACUUUGUUCGUCGGCAACAUUAGCUUUGAGGCCGAUCAGAAUAUGGUGACCGAGCUCUUCCAAGAGUACGGCAGCAUCAACGGUGUUCGCCUUCCUACCGAUCGCGAUACUGGCGCACCAAAGGGCUUCGGCUACGUCGAGAUGGGUUCCAUCGAUGACGCCAAGGCUGCCUUCGAGGCUCUUCAGGGUACGGACCUCGCUGGUCGUCCCAUCCGUCUCGACUACGCCAAGGCUAGAGACGACUCCAACGGUGGCGGUCGCGGUGGAUUCGGAGGUCGCGGCGGCUUCAACGAUAGAGGCGGCCGUGGCGGUGGUCGCGGACGCGGUGGCUUCGGCGAUCGCGGCGGACGUGGUGGUGGUCGUGGCCGUGGCGGCUUUGGUGAUCGCGGCGGACGUGGCGGUACCACGAACAGAGGAGGCUUCGGUGACUUCGCUGGUACGUAUCCAUACUGGAGUGCGACUGAAUAA